GCCACCAGAGGGCUCUGAGUAUUGCUUCGGGAAGAGAAAAACGCCUCUUUCUUCUCUCGCUCCGUGUUUCCUCCGCUCGGGGCGCCGGGCUUUGAGCUUCCUGGGUGACGCGGAUGCAGCUGAGAAUCGGCCCAGAUCAGCUGCUGCCACCGCCCCACCUGUGAUCAAUGUCAGCCAGCCCGGAGAGAUCUUUCCAACGACGGAUAGGUUUCCCUAGCUUUCUCCAGCCAAGGUGGGAGCUACCCCGGCUUGCUAUCACCAUUUCCGGGAAGGAUUAAUGCCACAGAAAUGUCCUGAGUUGGGGAUGUCAGUAGACUAAAACGCCAAGAUUGGGGGCCGGCGGAGGGAAGGGGUCAGUCAUACUCCAACGACCUUUAUCGUACUACCUGCCCACGUUAGAUCUGCAACCUGUACGAACCCAUAGGGCCACACACUGGAACAUCGCUUCACACAGCAUUGGUGACGCUGGAAAUGUGAUGCCACUCCGUCAGGUACCACAAAGAGCCAAUCCUUGCCACUCAGGUGGGAAUCAAAUGUGGCCCUCCAGCCUGCUCCAUCCAGCCCUCAGAUCUCUCCACAGGCCACAACCCCUCACUGGCCUUGCUUCACACCUCGAGUGUUUUUACCUGGCUGGAAUGUAACUCUGAUAAAGCCUCUUGCUUGUCUGGAUGGAGAGAUGCCAGAAGCCUCUGAGUCAGUAGGUGUCGCAAGAGAGCAGGGCCUGCCACCUGAGCCCUCCGCUGGAAUAUCAUGCAGGAGAAUUAUGAGACAUUAAUCUCUCUGGCAGAAGAGAUGGCUAUCAGCCUGCCUCGGAUCACUGCACUGGCUGAGUCCCACCGGAGAGGGUUGGCAUCAGCAUUUCCACUUUCCAAACCCGACCUGCUCUCUUGGAUGGACCAAGGGGAAGACCCAUGGGUUCCAGAUCUCCAGGAGGCAGAGGGAAGGGAGAUGCCAAAUGGUCCCAGCCCAGGUGAUGAGUUGAGAAGGAAGAAUGAGGAUAUCCUUCAGCAAGAGGCCCCCAACAAGACAGAUCCACAGGCAGAGAGUGCCCUGGAUGGGAAUCCAAUCGAGGGAGAAAGGCAGCCAGAAGGGAGACUGAGGCACACAGCAGCAGAAGGGAACAAAGAGAAAGGAGAAAUCCUCUCUCAAGCAAUGGGCAUUUCCAAACCACUGUUGCCCCCUGGGAAACCACACGGGGGCAACAGAGGCCACCAGUGUCCUGAGUGUGGCAAAAGCUUCAGCCAGAAGUCCAACCUGCUCAGGCACCAGAGGCUUCACUUAGAUGAGAGGCCCCACAAGUGUGACGGGUGUGAGAAAAGCUUCUCUGAGGCCAAGGCUCUGGCCAGGCAUCGGAAGUGCCACAUGGGCGACAAGCCUUACAAGUGUGAGGACUGUGGGAAAAGCUUUAGCUGGACCUCUCACCUGGAGAGGCACCGGAGGAUCCACACAGGGGAGAGACCCUACAAGUGCAAGGAGUGUGGGAAGGCGUUCAGUGUCGGGUCACACCUGGAGAGGCACCGGAGGAUCCACACGGGAGAGAAGCCUUACCAGUGCAAGGAGUGCGGGAAGAGCUUCACCGUCAGCUCCACUCUGGUCCAGCACCAGAGGACUCACGCAAACGACAAGCCCUACCAGUGCGAGGAGUGCGGGAAGGGCUUCAACCUCAGUGCUAACCUUGUCGCUCACCAAAGAAAGCAUCUAGGCCAGAAGCCGUACGAGUGCCCAGACUGCGGGAAAAGUUUCAGUUUCACUUCCCACCUGGAAAGACACCAGAGAAUCCACACAGGGGAGAGGCCCUACCAGUGUACUGACUGCGGAAAGAGUUUCAGCCGCAGCUCCCACCUCUACAGGCACCAAAGAAUCCACACAGGUGAGAAGCCGCGCCAGUGCCUAGAUUGUAGCAAAAGCUUCUACCUCAGUGCAGCCACCCUCCAUCACCUUCAGACAGCCCCGACAGGGGGCAGGGAUCCUACAAAAUGCUCAGAAUGUAGCCGCAAACAGGCAGCCCCAGAGCCCCCUCCUCCACCCUUGCCGCCGGUUUGUAGCAAGAAGCCCUACAAGUGCCCCGACUGUGGGAAAGGUUUUGGCCAGAGUUCAUCCCUGGUUAAGCACCAGAGGAUCCACACGGGAGAAAGGCCUUAUCAGUGCCCUGAGUGCGGGAAAAAAUUCAGCUGGUGCUCGGCCCUCAUCAAGCACAAGAGAAUCCACACGGGAGAGAAGCCGUAUCGGUGCGAGGAGUGUGGGAAAGCCUUCAGCGUCAGUUCGCAUCUCGAGAGGCACCAGCGUGUGCACUCUCCUGACAGGCCGCACAAGUGCACCGAAUGUGGGAAAACCUACGGGGAACUGGUGUCCCUCAUCAAGCACCAGAAAUCCCACACGGCCGAGAGCAAGCGCUACCACUGCCCUGACUGUGGGAAAAGCUUCAGCUGGAGUUCCCACUUGGAAAGACACCGGAGAAUCCACACAGGAGAGAAACCUUAUGAAUGUGAUGACUGUGGGAAAAGCUUCAGUGUCAGCUCCCACCUGGACAGGCACCGGAGAAUCCACACGGGGGAGAAGCCCUACCGCUGCAACGAGUGCGGGAAAAGCUUUAGUGUCAGUUCCACCCUCUUGCAGCACCAGAGGACCCACUCAAGUGGGAAGCCCCACAAGUGCAAGGAGUGUGGGAAGCGUUUUCUGGCUAGUGCUCAGCUGCUGACGCACCAGCGGACCCACCGGGGUGAAAAGCCCUAUGAGUGCAGUGUCUGUGGCAAAAGCUUUGGCUUUGUCUCCCACCUGGAGAGGCACCGGCGGGUCCACACAGGCGAGAAACCUUAUCAGUGCCCCGAGUGCGGGAAAUGCUUCAGCCGCAGCUCCCACCGAAACCGCCACCAACGCACUCAUGCAACUGACCGGCCUCCUAAGGGAGGGGCACGGGGAGGAACUGAGGGAAGGAAAGAUGGCUUUUCUUCCGGUGUCAAGCACUACAAGGAGACAGUCCCUAGUGUUCCUGAGUCCACACUGUCUCUCAUGCCACCCUGGUGGAGUGAGGGAGACAGGAACAGCAACCCCCCAGCUACUCCCACAUGGCCCGAGGUUCCAGGUCCCUUCCAAGGUCCCAUCCCUAAUGCCGCCCCGACUGGGGGACUACGGGGAUGGGGCAUGAAGGGGUUCUUGCCUCCAGAUACGUGGAGACUGGGGGAAAGCAGCUGUAGCUGGGCAUCCACCCUCUGCCCAGAGGGCUGGCCACAACUUCCCCCCACGUCCUAACUGGGUGAUGGACCUCGUCUUCUGGAGCCAUUUUAGAGGGGGAGGGGAGAGGAAGUAGCCUUCUUCCCUUCCGUCUCUUAACUGAUUCAGACAUUCUGAAAAAGCAUGAGGUCUAGUCCUGCUGGGAUGGUACCAUUUCAGAAUUGGGGGGGGAUGGGGAGGAGACGAUUCUAACGCUUAUUCACAUUAAAAACAAAAAAACCCUGCAUGUAGAAAGCUAAUGUUUGGAGGAGGAGGCCAAGUUAAAAGCCUCCCUUCUUGUGGGGAAGCUGCUUUUGGGUUUUCCAUGGGGGCAUUUGGUUGGCCCCUGUGAGAACAGGAUGCUGGACUAGAUGGGCCCCUGGCCUGAUCCAGGUUCAGGGCUCUUAUGGUCUUAAGCUUUCCAUGUUCUGGGAGCUUUUAAUGUGCAGCGUGUUGAACGAUGCCGCAACUCCUGCAUCCAGAGAUGGGCCGAGACCUGUUGCCGCCUGCGGUGAUGGAGAAGAUUCUGCCACCUCCCGUUCCACAUACAGAAGCCAACUGGACUGGUAGUUGAGCCUUAGUUCAAUAGUAGCUAUGGGAUAGUGCCUUCCCCUGCACCUGAGGAGCAGCAGGAUAGUUGCAAGGGUGCAGGAGAGGCGACACGGCGGACACAGCCCUGUCCUCCCAACAGAAGGGAGCUCAAGAAAGCCACUGGGCUCCCACCACUGCCCCCCCCCAGCAUCUACCCCCUGCUUAAUGGUCGGGCCAGCCCUCCUCCACUGUCGAAGUAUGUCUCUGAAUGCCAGUUGCUGGGAAUCACAAGGGGAGAGAGUGCUGCUGUGCUCAGCUCCUGCUUGCUGGUUUCCCACAAGUAUCUGGCUGGCCCCUAUGAGAACAGGAAGCUGAAAUAGAUGGGCCACCGGCCCGAUCCAGCAGGGCUCCUCUUCUGUUCCUGCCUGUGUUCCCUGCAGAAUGGGGUGAUACAAUCCCAAGCGGCCUGUACCACGUGCUUCCCCCCCCCCCCCCGAGUGUUUGAACUGGCUCAUAAUGCUGGUUGUUGGGGACAAACUGAAAGGUUGCAGUGACCUGAGGAGAGGAUCCAGGUGCAUUCCUACCCAGGCAUGAUGGAGGUGAAGUUGUACAAACCUAAUCAGAGGAGCCCAUUAUUUACCUCUAGGAGGUCCCAGGUAUUUUUUAUAUAUAUAUAUAAAUAUAUAUAUAUAUAUAUAUAUAUAUAUAUAUAUAUCUAGGGGAAGGACAGGAUCGUGGGCUACUCUGGCUUUGUAUCAAGUUCUUCAGAAGCAGGAGGUGCUGAUUCAGAGUAGGAAAUAUGCAUGGAUUUAAAUCUAGAAGUGGGGAGCGGAGUCCUUUGGGGUAAAUCACCUCUCUCCCUUCUGGUGUUUUGUUGCAAGGCUGGGAAGGUGAAGGCAACUGGAAGAAAAGCAGGGCAUUUUCCCACCUCUGUGCUGUAGCUGAGUGGCAGAGCACUUGCUUCAUGUGUAGACGGCCCCGAGGAGAGCCACAGCAUCUCCAGAUAGGACUGGGCAAGUCUGAAGCCCUGGAGUCAACAAUACUGAGCUAGAUGGACCAAUCAUCUGACUCUGUAUAAGGCCGCUUUCUAUGUUCUGUGGCACGGAAGGACUGUGUGGCUGGCCAGAUCCUGGUGGAUUUCAACUCCCAUCAGCCCCAGCCAGCAUGGCCAAUAGUCAAGGAUGAUGGGAGUUGUAGCCCAACAACACCUGGAGGGCCAGAGGUUUCCAGUCCCUGUUCUGUGCCAUGCAGUCACUAUCAUUUAACUACUGCUUUAUGGCAAUAGCCAUUCAAGCCAAGCCGAGACCUGCCCCCUGCAGUGUAUGGAGAAUAGAGGCACUUGGAAGGCUCAGAUGGAGUGACUUUUGUCCAAGACCCCACAAAAAUCUAGAGCCAGCCCAGUUUGCACCCCUAGUUUAAGGUGACGGGCAGUGCAGGCAAUGCUAUGCUUGAUGGGGAAGAAGCAAAAGCACCUUGGAUGGCUCCUUGAAAGUUCAGUCUAGAACCCGGAGCGGAUUCACUGCCCCACUGACAUUGGAGCCACCUGUCUCCACCGACUACAGUCAUAGGAAAUCUUAGCGGAAAACCAACUAUUGAUAUCCCUUGAUUCUGCUAAACCUUUCUCCUGGUUUGCAACAUAUCCUUCCAGACCCAGCUGAGUAGUCUGGCUAAUAACUGGGGGCUGUUUUUUUUUUUUAGAGUACAUUCCAAAGGAGGGUCAUCUUCCAUAACCAGCUCAUUCUACAAUCAGUUCUUUUCUUGGCCUGGAGUUCAGAGUGUGGGGUUUGAAUAGAUGGUUUAAAAGAUUCAUGGCAGGGAGCAGUCUAUUUAGGAGGAAAUAAUUUCCUUUCCCCCAUGCUGAACAAGUGUAUUCACCCUCCACCCUGUUAUACACUUACAGCUAGUAUAGAGUUGCCAUCUGACCAGGAACACCCCCCCCCAGCAGAUUGACCUACUGUGCCUUUAACAGCAGCUUGAUAAUGCAGAAAUAAGCAGGUGUUUCAAAUUUCACAGUAUGGACAUAAACUUCAGUCACUGAUGUCCUGCACAUCAAGCUGUGGUUAAAGGUGAAGCUACAGAGGCUGGUUGAAAAGUUGGCAAGCUCCUAUUUGCUUCUUGCUGAUGUGUCCCCUAUACUAAGCUCAUUACAUUUGUGAAAGGAGUGUGCAGUUCAGUAAUAAAUUGAAUCAAGGCUGUCCAGGACACAGCCCCAGAACCUGUUUUCAAGACCACUGCUCAUUGCCCGCACGACGCCUGGGCUUAGGAAGUAAACCUUCCAAGUGAAAGGGGAUGCGGCCAACACCUCUCUUUAAAAAUUAAUCUUAAAAUGUGGGCACUUGGAAUUUAGGGGGGGUCCAAAAAGCCAUAGCAGCAAUGGUAAGAUCCUUCUUUUACCUGCAUAAAAAAAGAUUAAGGCUGCAAUCUUCAACACACUCCCUAAGGAGUAAAGCCCACUGAACACAGUGGGACCUAAUUCUGGGAAAACAUGCUUAGGAUUACAUGCUAUGUUGAGGCUGCAAAUGUACAAGGACAUGCCUGUUUGCUCCAGAGCAAUUACUCUUGGAUAAAUUCUAGCCUUGCUUCUGUGCUCAUCACCACAAAGCAUCAUUUGGAACACUGAAAGUCACUGUAACCCUCCAAAUGUAGUUGGAUUCUAACUCCCAUCAGCCCUAGAGCCAGCAUGGCCAAUAGUCAGGGAUGAUGGAAGUUCUAGUCCAGCAACAUCUGAAAGGCCACAAAUUCCUGACACCUGAUUUAUAAGCACCAGUCCACAUAUAACCCAUGUGCCUAAAGAAUGGCUUUAUACUGCUGGCCUUGGAGUUCUAAUGUGUUUUUUGAGAGUUAAAUGGUGGUAAAGGAACACACCACUAUUCAUUUUAAAGUAGCAGCAGUCUUCUUUCAGCAUGCAAGUACCUACUCCCAAAUGAUUUGUUAUAU